AUGAUGCAAAAAAUAGCUUUUACUUUAUUAUCUAUACUAUAUGUGGCAAAUGCUGUCAAAUUGACAUCGCUUGAUGAUAUUAAAAUCAUCAACAACAAUUUGGAUGAAAAACAAAAACAAUUUGUACUAGCUACUGUAUUUAACUUGCUAUACAAUGACACUAAAUCGGAUCAAUUGGCCGUAAAACUAGCAAGCUCAAUGGAAAAUAAAUAUGGUGUCGGUUGGAUCAGUGAUGUCGAUAUUAAUUUUAGUGUCAAUACUAAACAUUACUCGAGUGUAACUAACAAACCGUCAAUUCAAUUGCAAUAUGAAACCUACCAGAUCAGUUUACAGCAAGUUUACACUACGUCCGAUCACAUUAUUGCCAAAAUUGAGUCAGCACGUAUGGCUAAACCUGUUGACAAAUAUUGGACAUACAUCAAUGAAACAGCACGUGCCAAUUAUAUUGCACGUGCUGUUGAAAUAUUUCGUCAAAAGACUGUAAGUUUCAAACAACACAAGUGCUUGAAAUUAAGUGAAAAGCAAAUGAAGAACGAUUACGACAAUAACUGUUUCGCGCGAUUGGCUUCAGAUGUCUGCUCUGUGUUGACCACUGAUACCAAUCCGAUAUCUUUGUGCACAUUAGGUGAGAUACCCUACCAUUUCCUUCAUAGACAAUGGGGUGAUCAUCCAUAUAUAAACUUUGAACUUGGUCAAUUGGAUUUUGCGAUCAUGUGGAGAAAUUUUAAAUAA